AUGGCUUUCUUUAUGCUUAAUGUCUUUUCCAUUCUUCUUGGUGUUUUCUUCACCAAUGCAAAUGGAUCUUUCUAUCAAUACUAUUCUCCUCUAUGGGGAUUAAAUCACCUAACGGUUAAUCCUCAAGCAACCGAAGUACAACUUCUUAUGGAUCGGUCCUCAGGGGCUGGAUUUCGUUCCAAGCUGGAAUAUGGAUCCGGAUUGUUUCAUAUAAGGAUGAAGAUACCAGAUAGAAAAACAGGAGGAAUAGUUACAAGCUUUUAUUUGACCUCUGCACCAGAUAAUCAAGAUCCUGGAAAUCAUUAUGAGCUUGAUUUUGAGUUUUUGGGUACAACUGGAAAAGUGCAAACAAAUGUUUAUGACAAUGAUGAAGGGCACAGAGAACAAACCUUCAAUCUUUGGUUUGAUCCUUCUAAAGAUUUCCAUACUUACGAAAUUCUUUGGAACCCCCAUCAGAUAGUGUUCUUUGUCGAUAAAAUUCCGAUUAGAGUGUUCAAGAACAACACGGCGCAUGGAUUGGAUUAUCCCUGGAAGCCUAUGCACAUAGAGGCAAGUAUAUGGGACGCAGAAUGGGCAGGAGUGGUUGAUUGGUCUCAAGCUCCUUUCAUAGCUCAUUAUCAAGAUUUUGAUUUCAGCGCUUGCCCGGCUCAAAUUAGCACGGUUUCGCAAUGCAAUUCGGACAAAUAUUUUUGGAACGGGCAGUGGGAACUCAAUGCUACGCAGAAACAGCAAAUGAGAAGCUACAGAAACUCUUAUAUGGUUUACGACUAUUGUUCAAAACCAACUACCAGCAAACCAGAAUGCUCGUUAAACAACUGA